GGAGGCUCAGAGCGUGGGGCGCGGGCCGGCGGCAGGAGCUGUCCGCGAGACCUAGUGCUGAAGUAGGUGCGGACGUGCCUGGCGCCCGGCGCCCGGUGCCAGGGCCAGCGAAGACCAUGGCGUUCAUGGUGAAGACUAUGGUGGGCGGCCAGCUGAAGAACCUCACCGGGAGCCUGGGGGGCGGCGAGGACAAGGGGGACGGGGACAAAUCGGCGGCCGAAGCGCAAGGCAUGAGCCGAGAAGAGUAUGAGGAGUAUCAGAAGCAACUGGUGGAAGAGAAGAUGGAGCGGGAUGCGCAGUUCACGCAGAGGAAAGCAGAGCGGGCCACGCUGCGGAGCCACUUCCGAGAUAAAUACCGACUGCCCAAGAACGAGACAGAUGAGAGCCAGAUUCAGAUGGCAGGUGGAGACGUGGAGCUGCCCCGGGAGCUGGCCAAGAUGAUUGAGGAGGACACAGAGGAGGAGGAGGAGAGGGCCUCCGUCCUCGGGCAGUUGGCCAGUCUCCCUGGCCUAGACCUCGGCUCACUCAAGGACAAGGCCCAGGCCACAUUGGGGGACCUCAAGCAAUCAGCUGAGAAGUGCUACAUCAUGUGACUACUUCCUCUGGGGCUGCCCGCUGGGGUAACCAGAGGGCUGGGCCCGCAUGAGGGCUAAGAGCAUGUCCCAGUGUUCAGGGACCCAUACCCCAUCUUAGUUUUGUUCCCCCUGUCCCAUGCUAGCUCAGGACCCUUCCCAUCUGUGGCCCAAGUCUGCCUUCUGGUCUUUCUCUUUCCACUAGGAACAAAGUCCCCAUUCCUCACCCUUCUCCUCAGGACCCACCCUCUCUACUCAGCCUGGAGAGGCCUCCUAAGAUUGUAGGAAUAGGCCCAUCCCUCUCUGGCCAUUGCCCUAAGUUCCUGCACACAGGAUCACGCAUAGAGAGACCCACAGAGGGACAUAGAAGCUGUGGCAUGUGCAGAGGCGUAUGCCACAGCUGCAUCCUGGCACACCCUGGCACACCCUGGCACAGACGCACAUACACAGGGUCUGUGGGCAGAUACCCUCAGGAGACAAGAGACCCAAGGUUGAGCCUCCACGUUCAUUCUCCUUGAAAGCCACUGCUCUUUCUGGGUCUCAUUUCAUCAUCUCUAAAAUGGCGAUGGACUGGCUAAUUUCUAAGACUUUCUGGCUUGGCCUCCCUGGCCUUCGGAGCCAACCCCACACCACUCCUUGGGCAAGACAGCAGCUGUAGCCGUAGCCUCUAGUGGCUGCCGUUGUACUGUGGGCUCUGGCUCUCAGGAGCUGAGCGAUGCUGUGUGAGGGGCCGAGUGCCAAGGACGAAGCUGGCACUGAACGGUAGCCCAGGAGGCUCUAGGCCUUUUCUGGACUCAGGCCCAGGCAAUUUCUGUUCUGUUCCCAUAGAACUCUCUCCGGAUUCCAUAGCUGGAUCUCUUCUCUCCACUCAGCGAAAAAUAAAAAUUUGAAAAGAUGUA